CUUUUUCCCGGAAGUGUCCAUGACGAUCGUGCCGUGUGUGGCCUCUCGCUAUUUCUUCAAACGUCUUUGUUUGGACCGGAUAUGAUGAUGUGAACUCAUGUUUACGUAUUACACACUUUAGUGACAAUAACGUGGCAUUUUCAUGUUUAACGUUAAAAGGGACGCUAGAUGCGUGUUACAUUUCUUUAUUAUUGUUUUGGUGUACAAGCCUGCGGCGCAGAGGAGGCCAGUAAGGAGAGUCCAGCGGGCGUGUUGUUAAUCGGCGGCUGCCCGCUCUAUUGCAGGCUAAAUCUGCUAGGAUUGGGGUAGCUGUCUGUCUAAAUCCUGUAGACGGAAAGCGAUUGAGGGGCUGACAGCCAUUAUUUGAUCGAGCUAACCUGCCCUCUCUUAUGUACUGAAAGUAGUCAUGGCAACUAGGCGCCUGACUGAUGCCUUCUUAUUAAUGCGGAACAAUGCCAUCCAAAACCGGCAGAUAUUGGCUGAGCAAGUGAGUACAUAUGAGCCCCGUCGAACUCUGAAUACACGUAGCAAUGCUGCGGAGUAUGAUGAGCUGGUUGAUGAUCGAAUGGCUCUGGUGUCUGGAAUUAGUUUGGAUCCAGAGGCUGGCAUUGGUGUCACUAAAAGGCUCUCACCCAAAUGGAUAGAGGGUGUGGAUGAGAUUCAGUAUGAGAUUACACGGAUAAGGCAGAAAAUGAAGGAGCUGGCAAGUCUACAUGAUAGACACAUGAACCGGCCGACACUGGAUGACAGCACCAAAGAGGAGCAUGCCAUCGAGAUCACUACACAGGAAAUCACGCAGAUGUUCCAUCGUUGUCAGCGUGCAGUUGUGGGGCUGCAGUCUCGGUCUGGUCACUGUACAGAACAGGAGGGGAGGCUGCUGCGAAAUGUCAUCUCCUCAUUGGCACAGAGCCUUCAGGAUCUCUCAACCAACUUUAGGCACACACAGUCCAGUUACCUAAAGCGCAUGAAGAAUCGUGAAGAAAGGUCCAAACACUUCUUUGAUUCUGGGCCUUUGAUGGAGGAAGAUGAAGGCAUAGCACUACAUGACCGGGGUUUUACAGAUGACCAGCUUGUCCUGGUGGAGCAAAACACAGUAAUGGUGGAGGAGAGGGAGCGAGACAUCCAGCAAAUUGUGCAGUCCAUCUCUGAUCUUAAUGAGAUUUUCCGAGACCUUGCUGGCAUGGUAGUAGAGCAGGGUACAGUUCUUGACCGAAUUGACUUUAAUGUGGAGCAAGCCUGCUUUAAAACGGAGGAUGGACUGAAACAGUUACAAAAGGCUGAACAGUAUCAAAAAAAAAAUCGAAAGAUGCUGGUGAUUUUAAUCCUGUUUGUCAUAGUUAUCAUUCUAAUACUUGUUCUGUUUAUGACAAAGUUUUAAUAAUGCAGUUUAUGUGUACCCAAAUUUGUGUGAUCUAUUCUCAUAUACUGUAAAUGCAAUAUAAAGAAAGAGCACCAACUAAUUUUCUUCUUGUGCAGGAGUUGAUAAAUCCAGUGUCAUUAGCAGGGUGCAGUGUCCCUUAAAAGCAAGCCAGUCCUUGAAUUAAUUUUUAUGAUUGUCUUCUAGUUGUCUUUGUCUCAGUAAGGACUGGAUGUGUAUGUUCUGUAAAAUGACAGCUUCUAGUUUAAUCCUGUUGCUAUACAGAAGAGCAACCAUCAAAUGCUACCCAAAAGCUAGAAGCAUUGUUUUGUCCUUUUUUAAUAAGCAAUCAUAUUUCCUAGUUCUAAUGUGCACACUCCAGUAUUUUUACAAACCGAUCCUUAACUUGAUUCCAGAAUUUACUUAGUGAGUAGGACGAAUUGGGCAUGCCCUGAAAUUUAUAACAUUGUUUUAGUAACUUAAAACAUGAGGAAAAUAGUUUUAUGAGUGACCAAAUCUUCUCUUGAUCAUGAGAGACUUGAGAGCCGAAUAAGAUUGUGGAAUUUAAUCAUAACUUUUUUCAAACUGGUUUGGAUGUUAUUUGCCAGUUGAAUUAUGUUUUUUGAAAACCACACUUUUGGGAUUUAUUCAAAUUUACGAGUGAUGCCCAAUUCCCCUCACCCCAUUAUCCUAGCUCGGCAAGCUUUUCGGAAGGGUUGAAUAUGUGACUGUGAUUGGAAUUAUUGUACCUGUCUGUAUCUGAUUAACAACCUGCCACUUAAGUUAAGCUGACCUUUGACCAAACACAACUCAGGUCUGUGUAUGUGACUAUACUACUACUGCGUUCUGUUCAACAUGAAAUUAGAAUGAAAAUUCAGUUAUUUAUUUAAAAUACAAGAAUACCACAGGGCCCUAAUUGAAGUCUCCAUACGCAGGGGAAAUUAAUAGAAUUGAGCAAUUACAUGCAUAACAGUUCAUCAUGAGUGGAAAAGACAACUCUGUGUGUAUUUACAAAUAGAUGGCAAUCAUGUAGAGAAUAUAUUGUAAAUAGCUGUAUUUCACUAAAAGUAUUAAUUUCCCCAGUAAAUGAAGACUUUUGGGAAACCCUGUCUGUGGCUAAAACUAUGUGGACACCUGACCAUCAUACCCACUUGUGAUUGUUGAACAUCCCAUUCCAGAUCUACUGUAGUUCUGCCUUUGCUGCUUUAACAGCCUCCAUGCUUUAAAGGAGCUUUCCAUAAGAUUUUGGAAUGUUCAGUUAAAGGUGUUCGGUGGAGUUGAGGCCAGGGCUCUAUGCUGCCCAAGUUCUUUCAUGGCGACUUUGACAAAUUAUGUGGUUAUGGAGGUAAAUUCAUGCACAGGAGCACUGUCAUGCUGAAACAGGUUUGGGCUGGUCCACAUACUUUUGGGCAUACAGUAUUUGUGUGUGAGUGUCGAGGGUAUUUAGUGUAUAUAUGAAAAGAGGUUUUAUGUUUUUCUGUUCAAUAUUGUUUUUGUUUUUUUAAUUGAAUCUUAUUAUUUUAUGAAGAGGAUUAUAUGUGCACCAAAACUUUAUGAACUUCCCACAUUUUGAAAAGACAGAUCUUUAUGGUAAGAAAAAUGACAGGAAUUGUUAAUCAUGGUUGUAGCAUUUGUUGGCGUUUGUUGAUUUUUUGAGGUUAUGUGAAGAACUGCUGCAUCAGUGUGGAAAUAUAUCUGAUAUUUUCUAAAAACUGAUAGUUUUGGAGGAAAUUAAACAUAUUAUACAAGUCA